AUGUCGAAACUUAGGAGAGCUUUUCUUCCAUCUCCAGCUCUCUCCCUCUCUCUUGCUGGUAUUUUCCAGGACGGUAGAUCAACGGCGGCGAGUGGGGAAGUUGAGACUGUGGAAAUAAGCAGCGAGAAUUCCGGCGCCGGUAAAUACCGCUCCGACGAAGAAGAAGAAGAGAAGCACAUUAUCGACGAAUGUGAUGAUGAUGAUGAGAACUGCAUUAAUGGCGGCGAAAAGAAGACGAAGAAGAAGAGAAAGAAAUAUCACAGGCACACACCAGAACAGAUCACAGAAAUGGAGGCGUUGUUUAAGGAAUCUCCACACCCAGAUGAGAAUCAAAGGCUACAGUUGAGCAAGCAAUUAGGGCUUCAUCCUAGGCAAGUUAAAUUCUGGUUUCAAAAUCGUCGCACCCAAAUCAAGGCUAUUCAGGAGCGCCAUGAAAACUCGGUACUGAAAACGGAAAUGGACAAACUCCGUGACGAAAAUAAGGUUUUGAGAGAAACCUUAAAAUCCCCAUCUUGUCCCAACUGUGGUUUCGCCACCACCUCCGGCAAAGAAUCUAUUACAGCAGCAACCGAUGAACAAAGACUCCGAAUCGAAAACGCCACCCUCAAAACCGAGGUCGAGAAACUGAGAUCGAUCAUCGGAAAAAGCUCUCAGGGAACAUCACCAAACACCUCUUCAUGCUCACCACCUGGAAAUAUUAACGAUCAAGAAAACCGAAGCUCGUUCGAUUUCAACACGGGCAACAUCGGAUUGGAAAGAUUGCGUGUAAAAGAUACUGUAAAAAGUGCUUUAAAUGAACUGAUAAAAAUGGCUACUCACAGAGAGCCAUUGUGGGUCCCAAGCUACGAAACGGGACGAGAGAUACUCAACUACGACGAAUACACAAAGCAGUUUGGUAACGAGAAUUAUUAUAACAAAAUGCAGCCGAAUAAAUCUAUAGAGGCGUCGAAAGAUAGUGCGAUUAUCUUUGUUGAUCUACUAUGGCUAGUUCGGAGUUUUAUGGAUGCGAAUCGGUGGCAAGAAUUGUUUCCUUGCUUGAUCUCGAGUGCUUCAACGGUGGAUGUUAUCUGCAACGGAGAAGGUGAAAACGGAGACGGUGCUGUUCACUUGAUGUUUGCGGAAAUCCAAAUGCUAACACCAAUGGUGGCCACAAGAGAAAUGUACUUCUUUCGACACUGCAAAAAAGUAAGUACCUAUCAGUGGGCAAUCGUCGACGUCUCAAUUGACGAAGACAACAUAGACGCCUCUUCUCAGAAAUGCCGAAAACGCCCCUCUGGUUGCAUAAUCGAGGAUAAAUCCAACGGCCACUGUAAGGUGACGUGGGUGGAGCACAUUGAAUGCCAGAAAAUCCCGAUACAUUCUCUGUAUCGGUCAAUAGUCAACAAGGGCUUAGCUUUCGGUGCAAGGCACUGGAUAUGCACGCUGCAGCAGCAGUGCGAAAGGCUCGUUUUCCAUGUGGCUACAAAUGUCCCCGUUAAGGAUUCGAGCGGUGUAGAUACACUUGCUGGGAGAAAAAGCAUUCUGACACUGUCGCAACGAAUGAGCUGGAGCUUCUGCAGAGCAAUCGGAGGUUCUAGAAGAAUCUUGUGGAAGAAGAUUGUCAGCAAAACGGGAGAUGACAUAAGGGUGUCCCUUCGAAACAACCUUAACGAACAAGGGGAGCCAAUCGGUACAAUCUUGUCUGCAGUUUCUUCCGUCUGGUUGCCUCUCUCUCACCAUGCCCUCUUCGAUUUCCUCCGAGACGAAAAUCGAAGAAAUGAGUGGGAUAUCAUGUCGAACGGAAGCACGGUACAUUCCACGGUAAACCUAGCGAAAGGGCAAGAUCGAGGAAACGCAGUCACAGUCAUGGACAUGAAAGGCGAAGAACAGAGCGUGUUGGUACUACAAGACAGUUGUACGAACGCAUACGAGUCGAUGGUGGUGUACGCACCUGUGGACAUCAAAGGCUUGCAGUCGGUGAUGACAGGCUGUGACUCCAGCAAGAUUCCGGUUUUGCCCUCGGGUUUCGCGAUUAUUUCCGACGGGAUCGAAUCCAGGCCGUUCGUAUUCACUUCCACUAGGCAGGAUGAGAAGAGCACGGACGGAGGAUCUUUGCUCACUGUCGCGUUUCAAAUACUGAUUAGCAACGCUACAUCAGCUGAACUUUCCAUGGAUUCUGUAGACUCGGUAAACACACUAAUAUCUUGCACGUUACAGAACAUAAAACGCAGUUUGCACUGCGAAGACUGA